AUGAACACAGAUACAUGCGCUCGGCAUCCCGUCGCGUGCGCGUGGGCACUCGCGUUUGGGCUUCUGCGCCCUCACGCUGCGUCCAGGCAGGUUCGCCCGUCUUCCCGUGGGGGCGCCCUCAACGCGGCGCCUCCGCCUUGUCUUGUCUUCUGUUCCCCGACCACCCAACCCCGCCCUUCACCGGACAUCGCCACCGCUCUGCUGUACGCGAGCCUGCCUCACACUUUCACACGUCCCCCACCCUCAGCCGCGCCAGCCAACGACGCCCUUCUUUUGAAAGCCGACGACCCGCAGGCCUUCCCGCCUCCCUCUGCUGUCCCCUUGGAGCCUGCGCUACGCCUUCCCUGCGCCCCCUUCGCAACCCCUGCGGCCCCCCCCCCCCCGCCCCCCUCAGGCUUCCACGCGCUAGCAGUCUCAUCAUAG